AUGGCUCAACCUCUGUCCAGAGCGCCCUCGAAGGACGACAAAAUUCUUAUAGUAGGUGCUGGGGUCUUCGGCCUCUCCACCGCCUUUGAACUGCGCACUCGAGGAUAUGAAAAUAUCACUGUCCUGGAUAGGAUGAUGCCUCCAGUGCCGGACGGGAGCAGUGUGGACGUAUCGCGAGUGAUUCGGUACGACUAUGCCGAUCCAUUCUAUGGCAAAUUGGCCACGGAAGCUAUGCACGAAUGGACCUCGGAUGCUUGGACAGGAUUAUACCAUGGUUCUGGCUUUGUCAUGUCAUCGCAAACGCCCAACGAACCGUACAUCGAGAAGUGCAAGACAGUCCUCAAGAGCCAGCAACAGCCAUUCACCAGCUUUGAGAACGUGUCGGAACUGUUUCUCAAGUAUCCAGCUUUGAAAGGAGGCCUGAAUCAAUCCAGCGGCUAUAUCAACACCUCAGGCGGUUGGGCAGAUGCGGCAGGGUCGAUCCAACGUCUAGCCGGUCGAUGCAGCGAGCUUGGUGUCUCCUUUAUUGUUGGCCCUCGAGGGACGGUUCGGCGGCUUCGUGUGGAUCGUUCACGAGUUGUCGGGGUGGAAACUACCACUGGUUCUAUAGACGGGACAACAGUCAUCCUUGCGACGGGCGCAUGGACGAACAAACUGACGGACGUCUCCGCUGCUAUGUCUUCCUCGGGUCAGCCAGUUGGCUUCAUCCAGCUCAGCCCCGAGGAAAGCAGGUCAUUGUCCCAGAUGCCAGUUCUCAUUGAUCUCACCUCGGGCUGUUUCGUUUUCCCUCCAACGCCGGACACUCAUCUGCUCAAGAUUGCCAGACAUAGUCACGGCUUUCAGGCAGAACAUGAAACCAAGGACGGACGUAUAGUUUCGACGCCGAAACUGUCCAACGGUGCAACCUCGUCAUUUCUCCCCUCUGAUGCAGAUGCUGGUCUCAGAGAAGGGCUUCGGUUCAUCCUCCCUCAGUUCGCCAACUAUCCUUGGAAGAGAAGGCGGCUUUGCUGGUAUACCGAUACACCCGAGGGAAAUUUCGUGGUCGACUUCCACCCUAAGAUAGACGGUCUCUUCAUUGCAGCAGGAGGUGCAGGCCAUGCUUUCAAGUUCUUGCCGGUCCUCGGGCGCCACAUCGCAGACUGCUUCGAGAACAAGGCUUCAGCUGAGACACGCACGAAAUGGAAACUUCCAGCCCAACUUUCUGCCUCCGAACCUAUCGUGUGUAAUGAUGGCAGUAGAAGAGGUCCCCCACGACGAAAACUGUCUCGAUCUGAACAGGCACGUCUCUGA